AUGCCCGCGGCCACCAAGGCGAGGAAGAAAGGCUCCGCGGCGAAGGCUGCAUGGGUGGACGUGGAGACCGACGCCACGGGGCGGUUCACGCGGUCGAACCAGGUGCUGGGCCGGGGCGCGUCGAAGGUGGUGUACAAAGGGUUCGACAGGCAGCAGGGCAUCGAGGUGGCCUGGAACCAGGUGAAGAUCGUGGAGCACCUGACGGCCAAGGAGCACGGGCGGCUACAGUCGGAGGUGGCGGUGCUCAGCCGGCUGAAGCACCGGAACAUCAUGUCCUUCUACGCCUCGUGGAUUGACCAGCAGCAGCACACGCUGAACUUCAUCACGGAGUAUUUCCACCCGGGGCCGCUGCGUAGGCACCGCCGCAACCACAAGCACCUGUCGAGGAAGGUGCUCAAGCGCUGGGCGUGGCAGAUUUUGGAGGGCCUGAUUUACCUCCACGGGCACAUGCCGCCCAUCAUCCACCGCGACCUCAAGUGCGACAACAUUUUCAUCCACGGCACAACGGGCUCCGUGAAGAUCGGCGACCUGGGGCUGGCCAAAUUGAUGGAGGAGGGCCUGUCCACCUGCCAGAGCGUCCUGGGAACGCCUGAAUUUAUGGCUCCUGAGUUGUACCGUGAAAAGUACAACGAGAAAGUUGACAUAUAUUCAUUUGGAAUGUGCCUGCUGGAGUUGGUUACGAUGGAGUUCCCCUACAGAGAAUGCAAGAACAAGGCACAGAUCUUUCGCCAGGUCACACUGGGUGUUUAUCCAGCAGCCCUGCAGAGGAUAGAGGACACCGAAACGCGCAGCUUCAUCGAGCUGUGCAUUGACCACUACCACGAGCGGCGGCCGCACGCAAGGCAGCUCAUCAAGCACCCCUUCUUUGAUGACGUGCGCCCCGAGCGCCCCAACAGCCGGGCAGCAGCACUGAACAGCCGGUCGGACAGCGGCCAGGAGAGCGGCAGGGACAGCAUCGAGGACAGCGGAUCCUUGCGCCUCAGCACAGGCUCCUCUCGGCCCCUGAGGCCAGAGAUGCUGCCCCGUCCUCCCAGCGCCCCGAGCUCCUUGAACACCAAGAGUGCCCCCAAGAAGCUUGACAGGCAGCCCAGCACGACGUCACUGAACCGCAGCGUGAGCUCCUCACCCGACCAAGGCCCCAUGCUCAGGCACCCCAGCGCCCCGCUGCCAUUGUCCCGGACCUUCAGUGUGCAGCAGCGUGGCGCCGAGGGCUCCACCCUGGACUUCGAGCUCUGCAUGAUGAAGAACGAGGGCGCGGACUUCAGGCGCUUCAAGUUCACUUUCGACGUGGAGCUGGACACGGUGAAUGCUGUGGCCGAGGAGUUCGAGGAGGAAUUCGGGCUGACCCCCACCGAAACGGAGCAUUUCAUGGAGCUGCUGAAGAAAGAGCUGGAGAGCAUGCCACCCAAGGAGCGUUUCAUACCCGUGGAGCUCACCAGCCAUGGCAAUGACGCCCAGGGCAGGCCCGAUCUGAAGGUCAAAUUGACACAAGGGGAGGAGCCGCAUGCUAGGAUCACACCGCGCAAGCCAGGUAGAAAGUUCACGCCCACACGGGGGUCCCCACACGGCGGCAGGCCGACACAGUUCAGGAGUCCAAGAAUCACCGUGGACAACCGUCCAAGGGGCCCUGAUGACAGGAUGCCCAGGAGUCCCUACGCGUCUGCAGCAGGGGAGGCCAUGACCAGGAGCCCCAGGGAGCUGGGCGUGAGCAGGAGCCCCAGAGAUGUGGGUGAGCAGGGGGUGGUGCUGACGCGUGUGAGUGGCGAGGGCCUCCGGAUGCGCCCCGACCGCAGCCCCUCACCCCGCGUGCUGGGCGCAUCCCCCUUCGAUGGGAUGGACUCCAUGAAGGAGCACCGGCCGAGCCCCUCGGGGAAAAAUGACGAAGGGGGGGACUUAAACCUGAAGGCCUACCGAGGGGACCAGAGCCGCCGGCCCAACGCACCCACCCGCAAGCCCAUUCGGGAACAGUCUCCCCCGAGGGUGGUCAGCCCAAGGCCGGACGACUCUCAGCAGGCAUUCCAGCCAGAGCCGCAGGUGCCUCAAUCCCCUCCACGCGCUGUCAGCCCAGAUUUCCAACGCGAGCCAAUGGCCAGCUGGCAAGGGCGGGGGCAGAGCCCAAGCCCGUUGCGAGGGGGCGGGAGGUCACCAGAGCCCCACUGGGCGCCCAGCCAACGUCAGGAGUCACAAUACGGCCUGCCAGGAUCGCAGUACAGUGUGCCCACAUCGCAGUAUGGCGUGCCUGCAUCGCAGUAUGGCGUGCCUGCCUCCCGCUCCAGUCCCCCACCUUACCAGAGGCAAGAGUUCGGCGGGGGCAUCGCAUCAAGCAGUAGUUACCCUCAGGCGCGGUCUCCAUUGCCGGGCCAGGGGAGCCACGGGCACAUGAGGCCCAAUGGCCAGCCAGGACAGAAAUGGACAGAGCCGGGCUUUCAUAUGCCCACAUGCACACCAUUUCCUAUGUCCAUGCGCAAGAUCAAGUCGUUGUUUGGAGAACGACGUGGCAGGGGAUCCUAG